CUUUAACUGAAAUCGGCAGUUCGCUGUGUAUUAUUCGGACCGUUAUCCAGGCUGCCUCAUGGCUCAGGCUGCAUUCCCUCAUCUGCACUGUCCAGUGAAGCUGGGCUCAGUGAACACGGAUGGCCCCGGUGCACGGCUGCACCAGCAUGUCAGAGAAAGGAGCCUCCACAAGCUGGAGAAGCAGCUCAAGAAAGGUGUGGACGUGGACACGGUCAAUAACCUGGGACAGACCCCGCUGUUCUGUGCCUCCCUCUUGAGUCUGGCAAAAGUGGUGGAUGUGCUGCUGCAGUACGGAGCAAACCCCAACCACCGCUGUGAUGAUCGGAGCACCCCGGUUCACGCUGCAGCGUUCUCCUGCAGCCCCUGGAUCCUGAGCGCACUGCUGGAUGUGGGGGGAGACCUGCGGCUGCACGACCGAGAGGGGCGCACUGCCAGGGACUGGGCAGAGGUGGCUGGACCGGAGCUCAGCCCCCGGAUGCUGAAGUUCAUGCAGAGCUGCGUGACCCACAUGCAGAGUCUCACCCAGCAGAGCCCAGGAGAGGAGCUGACGAGGACCAGCGGCUCAUCCAACUCCCUCAUCCGCUCGCCCUCCCUGCUGUCACUGCUCAAACGAGGAGGCUCUGAUCUCCAUUUGAACAGAAUGCUGAGCUCUAAACCAUCUGCUUCAGACACAGUGCACUGCUUUGGGUUUGGAAAGCUGUGUGUCGGAGGGCGGAAGCAGUUUGGUUUCCUGGCCUGUGUUCCAGUGAUCGGGGAGAAGGAGCUGGUGCAGGCUGAUGACGAGCCCUCGCUGUCCUUCCACAACGGGGCCUUCAUGAGCAUGACCAAUUUCAGCUGGAAUGGCUGCCGGGUGACGGUGAAGGAGCUGCAGUCUCAUGAUGCGCUGCUGCCUUACAGCAAGAGAAGCUUCAUGGACCUGCUGACAGCAGAGCAGGAGUACUGCUGUAAUCUGUUCCACCCUCACCUGCUGCAGCUGCUGGCUGUGUGUGUGUCUGCAAACCUGGAGCAGACCCGGCUGGUGUUUGAGAGAGUGCACAUCGGCUCCCUCUACAGCAUCCUGCAUCAGAGGCGGGCCCAGUUCCCUGUGCUGCGCUUUGAGGCCCUGCUGCACCUCCUCCUGCAGGUCUCGGAUGCGCUGCUGUACCUGCACUGCCGCGGCUUCAUCCACCGCAGCCUCUCCUCGCACGCCGUGCAGCUGGUGCACCCCGGGGUCGCCAAGCUCACCAACCUGCACUUCAUGGUGCACAGCAGUGAUGGAGGGGCCAGCAGCGACCCCACCCGCCUGCCCAUCCCAGCGGAGCUGUAUAACUGGGCGUCCCCGGAGGUGAUCAGAGGCAGGCCCUGCACUGUCAAAGCUGACCUCUACAGCCUGUGUGCACUCAUCCAGGAGCUCUGCACAGAUACGCUGCCCUGGGGCGGUCUGGAAGCCUCGAUGAUUAAGGAGUUGCUGGAGGGCGGCCACGGCUUGGCUGCAGACACCCAGGUCCCCCAGCCCUACUACGAGGUGGUGAGGAGCGGGCUGCAGCUCCGACCCCAGGAGCGCACAGGGAGCCUGCAGGACAUCCGCUACCUGCUGCGCAAAGACAUGCAGGAGCUGAGCUGUCGGAAGGGCAGUCUGUACCCAGAGACGGACGUGCUGCUGGGGCCCAGGGGAGCCGGGCUGGAGACGCAGCAGAACAGGGUGCAGGGAGAGAUCGGCUGUUAUGCCACUGGCCAGAACUCCAACCUCAGCUCCAAUGGGGGAGACAUAGGGGACCCAAUGCAGCACAACCACAGUGAAAUCCUCCGUCACCUGUACCAACUGGACCAGCUGCUGGAGUGGGAAACUGACCCGGAGGGAGCAGCCAAGGCAGGGGGGACUGGCGACACGGGCUGGGCAGCACAGAACACGGCCGUGACUCCCUCUGCCCCAGAGAGUGACCUGUCUAUCCACGAGAUCCUGCCCCUGGACCCCACCAGGCUCUCCCUGAGGCGCGGCUCAGACACAGACACGGGGGCCAUCAGGCUGGAGACCGACUCAGACUCCACCGUGACAGAGGACGAGAGUGAAGGGGAGGGCGGGAGAGGCAGCCCAGAUCGGCAGCAUGGCGAGGGGCAGGCCAUCAGCACCUGUGUCCUCAACCUGAAGGUCUCCCAGGUCCUGAAGCAGCAGGCAGAGAACAGCUUGCUGGAGGUGAAGAGAGCCAGAGGGACACAAGAAAUGUUGGGAACUGAGUUCAGAUCAACGCCGGGUAGAAAGGAGGAGAGUUACUCAGGCUUGGGAGGGAGGCAAGGGCAGCUUGAGAGCCACUCAGCCCAGAGUGAGAUGCAGGGAGAGGCAGGCUGGGGUAGGGUGGGCCUGGACGAAGUUGACAAGCGGUGCAGCAUGACGGACAGGGAUGUGGAGGGGUCAGGUUGGCUGGCUGAUGAAAUGCAGAGCUGCCGGGUUGAACCGGCGAGCUCCCUCUACCCCAGCGGUAAGCGAGGCUGUGCCCAGGCUGUGGCCCCUCCUCGGUGGUACCAGCCCCCCAUUCGUCUGUAUGGCAUACACAGUGAGGGGGAAAUCCACCCCCUCUCAUGGAAAAACCAGCUCCUCCGGGAGACACACAGCGAUCUGCCGGCCACCGCAAACUCUCUCAGCGACGGGCUGGGGGGCUGCGAGGGGGAGGACUGCAGUGAUUACAGCUCAGCGCUAGAAGACAGCUUUGUGACCGUCCGCCGCAAGGCUGACAGAGGGAGUGUAGUGACAAGAGAGGCAGGAGGCAGGCAGCAGUUCAUAGAGCAGGUCUAUACCAAGAGAGGGGGCUCCACUAACAGGACUGAGGGCAGGCUCAUCACAGCAGGAGUGCAGGAGGGCAAUAAAGGAGGCUAUCCUCUGUCUGACUAUCAGAAAACAAACACACCCAACUGGACAAGCGAGGUGGCACAGCUGAUUGAGAAGAUGGCCAGGGGGCAGCUGGGAGCUGCAGCCUGGAGCUCGAGGGAGGAGCAGGGCCAGAGCAGCGAGAGUGAGGACAUGGAGGAGCUGUUCUACCGCUUCACAGGCCACUCUGCUACCACAGCGUCCACAGCACCAAGCCACGACAGCCCCACCCUGGAGAGCCUGUUCAGGAGCUUCGCAGGUCACCAGAGUCUCAGUGAGACAGACAGUGAGCCCCAGACUAUGAAUAAGACUUUUAAUAUCAGCCCCAGAGUGCAGAGGAGCGCUGACCCAGGGAAGGUGGAACAGAGUUCGGGUUCUGAUUUCAUGCCGGACUCUUCUCUCGAAGUAUCCGAUGAGUUCUUCACCCCCAAUCCUCUCCUGGUGUCCCAGGAAGCAGCUCUGCACUCAGGGAGACAGGCUCUCGUGCAGACUCCAAGCUCGGAGGAGGACCUGGAGGUCACAGUGGAGGUGUUGUGGCCCAGGCUGGACUCUGAGGCUGGGGGUAGCAUUGGCGAGGCGGGCGGAAGCAGAGCAGCAGUGGAAAGGCCCUUAGACACUGAGCCAAACAGUGCUGUGGUGUGUGCCUCUUCACCUGUGACCAGCUUCAAAGCCAUUGGAGUGAGUGCAGAAGUUCCUGCUGAAGUGGAGGUCAGAGAAAGUGAAGAGGUGUAAGUGAAUGUGAGAGAACACAGUGCCAUUGAGCCUCAGUGUAAUCUGUUCCAGGGGUUACUGUGAGCUGAAUUAGUCACAUAUAGAAACGGACUGUGUGCAGGUCUGCACCUUGUGAAGCGGUGUCUUACUGUUUUAAGUGGUGUAUGUAAGUGAAAUAUAUGAACAAGUGUUCCCAUGAAAGGGGCUGUGUGUCUUUAAGUGUGAUGUGUUGCAGCUCCCUGACUGAUAUCCAGGAUCUGUCCAGUAUUGCCUGUGAUGGAGACUCAUUGAGCAGAGAGGUUCAGCAGCAGGGCCCUGUGAUCAGAAACACUGUGGCCCUCGUGAGCACCCCGCGCAGCCCAGGUACGAUUCUCAGGAGCCAACACUGCACAACACAGGCUGCCAUUGGAAUUCCAUAUGUGUUUCACAGGCCAGCAUUAAAGUUACAUUUCUGUGUAUGUGUUAAUCUGGGUAAUUGCCAGUAAAUAUGUAGUACAGUUAGCAUGCUUUAUAAUUUGACCCCAACGCCUUGAGGAACACUAGUCGCCUUUCACGUAAACUCUUUUGAGUUGGAUCAGUUAGUUUGUACUGGAGGGGAGACCGUUGCCAGCACUUGAAUGAGGAAGUAAAAGGCUGCAGGAAAACUAGAAUCCCACAGUAAUUUAGAUUUGAUUGCAGCUAAUACUGCAGCAUAACUCAAUACUUGCUGAGCUGCUCCGGUUCCAUUUCAUUCCUCCUAAGUGGUGUUCUCAUUUGUACGAUGCAUGUACUGUGUUUGCAUUGCUUCAUGUGUAAUUGAUCUUACUGUGUAAAUCCUGAAUCCUGGAUGUUUGAAAUGCAUUUCUUCCUGACCUGUACGAGUGUUUCUGAUUGCAUUGUGGAGGAGCGCCCCG